UUUCCGGUUCGGUGGGUCCAUGAUGACGGAGUCGGGCGCCUCUCCCGAGGACCCCUGGGUCAAGGUGGAGUAUGCCUACAGCGACAACAGCUUGGACCCUGGGCUUUUUGUAGAAUGCACCCACAAGGGGAGUGUAGUGUCCAGAGCUAAUAGCAUCGGUUCCACCAGUGCCUCUUCCGUCCCCAACACAGAUGACGAGGACAGUGAUUACCAUCAGGAGUCCUACAAGGAGUCCUACAAGGACCGGCAGCGGCGAGCACACACUCAGGCUGAGCAGAAGAGAAGGGACACCAUCAAGAGAGGCUAUGAUGACCUUCAGACCAUCGUCCCCACCUGCCAGCAGCAGGACUUCUCCAUUGGCUCCCAGAAGCUCAGCAAAGCCAUUGUUCUACAGAAGACCAUUGACUACAUCCAGUUUUUGCACAAGGAGAAGAAAAAGCAGGAAGAGGAGGUGUCCACGCUACGCAAGGAUGUCACAGCCCUAAAGAUCAUGAAAGUGAACUAUGAACAGAUUGUCAAGGCACACCAGGACAACCCCCAUGAAGGGGAGGACCAGGUCUCUGACCAAGUCAAGUUCAACGUGUUUCAAGGCAUCAUGGACUCCCUGUUCCAGUCCUUCAAUGCCUCCAUCUCUGUGGCCAGCUUCCAGGAGCUAUCGGCCUGUGUCUUCAGCUGGAUUGAAGAGCACUGUAAGCCUCAGACCCUACGGGAGAUUGUAAUUGGAGUCCCGCACCAACUGAAAAACCAGCUUUACUGACCGGCUCUUAGAAACCUGCAGAACAGUCAACAGGAGGCCCUUGAGUCUUUCUAUUUGGCCACAGAGCUGCUGGGCCAUGAGAUUGAACUACGACACCUCAUACUGGUCAGCUGGUUUCUACUUGGUGUUUGGUUUUUCCCAGCCCCACUUCAUCUUCAGUGGGGCUGGGGUGUUUGUUUUGUGAAAGCUUCUGAUUAAUUUAUUAUGUUGACCAUAAAACUCAAACCUACCCAGUCUUCCUCCCCCCCAAGGAAGUCCUCGGGAUGGGGGUCUGCUCUGGGCACGCCAAAGAGCCCCUGGCCUCUCACCCCUUUCUCU